AUGGUUUCCAAAGGUGGACUAGUAGAGUUCAAUGAUUUCACAUCAAUCGUUUGCCCAUCAGGAAUGUUUGUUUCGAAGUCGAACCUAUCGUACAAUGAUUGGAUAAAUAGUUCGUGCUCUUUAGAUGUCACUGUACUUCGUCUACAAUGUAAGGCAUGUGAACGCGGUACGUAUAGCUUACAACGAGGUCGCAUGGAAGGAUUAAGGAUUGUCAAUGGUUUUGCAUGCCUGUCGUGUCCUCAUGGAGCUGAAUGUCUUCCCACAAUUAAGUCGAAAGCAAAUCAUUGGGGUUAUUUGAUUGACGACAGUCCACCGGCCUUAAAUUUCACCCUCUGCCCUGAUAGCUAUUGUCUCUCUGGUACGCAAAACCCAGACGGUUAUAACAGUUGCUAUGGGAAGCGUGAAGGUUGGAUGUGUGGUCGUUGUGCACCUGGAUACAGUGAAACAUUAUUUUCAAUCGAUUGUAAAAGAUCAGAAGACUGUAAUGACAACUGGUUUUGGCUAGUGUUUCUUGCACUUAUACUUAUAAUGGCUUCUUUUCUUGUUUUUAAACCACCUAUUGUCACAUUUGCUGCAAAACAUGUAUUCUGGUUCGAAAACUGUGUAACGAAAAAAACAGAGAGUGUCAUGGACGAAACCGAGUCAUUAGCAUCGCUAAGAGUGGAGGGAAAUGAAUCUACGUUUCUGUUGUCUACUGAGGAAAUUGAAAACGAAAAGUUACAAGCUGUUGGUUAUCUGGAAAUCAUAUUUUAUUUCUAUCAAAUUUCAAACUUGCUGCUUACUUCCACCUCAAUAGAGCAACUAUUAAAAGCUAAAGUAAUAAUUCCUGUUCAAGGAUUUUUCAAUUUUCAGGAAAGAUAUUUAGUGCACCAAAUUUGUCCAUUUUCUGGACUGACUCCCGAAACAAAACAAGCUUUUGAGGUUGCACCCGUGUUUGGAACACUGGGAGCAAUAUAUUUCAUCUACGUUCUGCAUUACGUUCUGUGUAAAAUUUCGCGAUCUGCAACUCCAAAUGUUGGACGUUAUUUGGGGGCUACCAUGGAAACGAUGUUGCUGGGGUAUAUUAAAAUCGCUAACGUGAGUCUCUCACUGAUUCGUUGUGUGCCUGUUGGGUCUAAAAGUCGUUGGUUUUACAAUGGAACAAUUGUUUGCUACCAGUGGUGGCAAAGUGUUUUGAUUGCUUUUGAUGUGGUGGUUGUUAUACCUUUUAUAUUUGUCUUGGCCUGGGGUGCAAUAAAAUUACAUCGUGGGAAGGUGUCAGCGAGACAUUUCCUACUCGCCUGUGUGUUUCCACUUCCGUUCCUAAUCUUAUGGCUUCUGCAGUCAUCAGGUGUCUGUGGUAUUCAACGUCAGCACGCGCAGAGUACUGAGUAUACCGAAGCGUUAAAAGCUGUACUACUCGCACCGUUCCGAGAGCCUGAAGCAGAGAAAAGUGGCGCACUCUAUUGGGAGAGCAUUUUCAUUGUUCGACGUUUUAUCUUGGUAUUUUUAUAUUGUUUUAUUACCGACUCAACUUUGCGACUGUUGUGCAUGGCAGUAGUCUGCGUGUUAGCAUUGUUACAUCAUGCCAAAAUGGAACCGUUCCGAAAUAAUCAUGCAAAUAUUGCAGAGACAAUCUCGCUUCUGGGUCUGGUCAUUUUAUCCAACAUUAAUUUGUAUAAAUCAUUUUAUGCUAAUUCGAAAGAAGAUAUCAGUAAUGACUGGAUGCCUAUUUUUCAAGUACUAGAUUGGAUCGAGAUUAUCCUGUUGGGCUUUCUACCGGCCGUGUUUACACUUGUGGUAUUAUUUACAUCAAUUUCUUUAAUAACUCGCUUGAUAUUCGUAGUUUGUACCAAUGCAUAUACAAGAAUCCAUGUAGGGCAAAGGCGAUCACAUGAAAGAGCUCCCUUGGUUGGCGAUUAA